GCAAUGUCAUCCUCGCCGAAGCGCAAGCUAUCUGCAGACCAGGAGGGCUUACCGAAGAAGGCACGAAAUGGCAACAUCGAAGCCAACGGCGCCAAUGGCACAAACGGAGAGCACGAGAACAGCAGUGAGCUUGCAGAAGAAAUACCCAUGAUAAGUCCCUCUGCUUUACCGGACUCGAAAAUCAACCAUGCCGCUGCCAUUGCAUAUUGGUCGAGCACACCCGCUACAGUCGACGGCGUGCUAGGAGGCUUCCCUCAAGUCAGCCGCGUUGACUUGCAAGGCUCUGCGAACUUUCUCGCCAAGCUUCGUAGGCAGUCGAAAGUGUUUCCUCCAAGCACGGGGAAAUUGGAAAGAGUUGCAGAUUGUGGAGCUGGAAUAGGAAGGGUCACAACAGGCUUUUUGCGCAACGUGGCUGGGAUAGUGGACAUCAUCGAACCCGUCAAGGCUUUCACUGACCAAGUCAAGAACGAACCUUGUGUGGGCAAGGUCUACAACGUCGGGCUCGAACAAUGGCAGCCGGAGACGAAGUACGAUGUCGUUUGGAACCAAUGGUGUGUUGGACAACUCACCGACCUACAGCUGGUUGCAUAUCUCAAGAGUCUUCCGCAAUAUCUCAAUCCUGGAGGCUGGAUUGUGGUGAAGGAGAAUCUCAGCAACCAUCACUUGGGUGAAGAUGUUUAUGACGAUGUCGACAGUAGUGUAACCAGAACCGACACCAAGUUCAGACAACUAUUCCACGAAGCUGGGCUGCACCUUGUCAGCACUGAACUCCAGAAAGGCUUCCCAAAGGCUUUGUACCCAGUGAGGGCAUAUGCCUUGCAGCCACGAUAGGGACAACAGUAAUAAACGAGUUGCCGAUCUUCAGCCAACUCC